GCAGCUUGGACUGCUCCUCUUUCACUUCCCCUACUCGUUUACAAAGGAACUUCUCGAUAUGCCACUUUCAACCCUAUUGCCUAUUUAAUGAAGGAGCUUGAGAAUUAGUUUACUAUUAUUAUUUUCUUUUUAUUUUUAUUUUUUUUAUACACACACACACACACGCACACACACAUAUAUAUAUAUAUAUAUAUAGUAAGCAUGGCAUCGCGGAGAUCUCGGACGAAAAAGACACCGCUCCUUUCACAUACUCGACCGCCAACAGUUAGAGCCAAACAUGCAACCCUCUCAUCCAAAGCCACACGCAAUCUCAUUCGCAGCCAUCAUCGACUUCUCAAAAACCGGGCACAAGCUUUAAAAGCCAACGAUAAUCUUCUAAUUGAAAGGAUCGAUGCCCAAAUUCGAGAGAAUGGCGGCUUAGAAGGCUAUCAACUUGCUAGCAGACUCGGGCAGUCGCUAGAACGCGGUGGAGACUCAAGUAAAGUUUUAGUCGAUUGGCUAAGUCCACAAUUAUCACGGUUACAAGAUACGAAGUCUAAGCUUCGGGUACUCGAAGUUGGUGCUCUCAGCACCCAAAAUGCUUGCUCUAUGAACCACUUCUUAGAUGUCACCAGGAUCGAUUUGAAUUCUCAGGAGCCCGGAAUAUUAAGACAGGAUUUUAUGGAAAUGUCACUCCCUCGUGACGCCUCCGAUCAGUUUCACAUAAUUAGCCUUUCUCUGGUUCUAAAUUAUGUCCCAGAUGCCAUUGGCAGGGGCGAAAUGUUGAAGCGAUGCGUUACUUUCCUGAAAAAGCCACCCCUGUCUGGGUCAUCCUUCCAUAUCACACCUAGGUUGUUCCUAGUCUUGCCUGUGGCCUGCGUCAAAAACUCACGAUAUCUCACCGAAUGCAGACUGCGGGACAUAAUGUCUAGCAUGGGGUUUGUCCUAGAAAAGAGCAAGGAGACUUCGAAGUUGAUAUUCCAGCUUUGGGAGCACAGGCAUGACUUGCAACCCGCGUUGUUCAAGAAAGAGGUUUUGAGGCCUGGCAAGAUGAAAAACAAUUUCGCCAUUGUUGUCAAACGAUGAAAGCCACAAUGACUGCAAAGCUGACUGAAAGGCUUUACUAUACAGAAAUCAUAUUCUCUGGCAAGAACGCCCACGCGGUUCCAACAAUUGCCAA